AUGGAGGUGACGUUCGAGACGACGCAGGGUCGCCGGUUCACCGUCGAGAUUUGGUAUUUCUCCACCGUGAGGACGAUCAAGGAGCACAUCCUGAAGCAGGAGGACAUCCCCGUGGAGUCCCAGAGGCUCUUCUUCCAGGGGAAAGAGCUCCAUGACGACCGCGACACGGAGCACUACUCCAUCCUCGAGGGCUCCCACGUCCUCAUCGUCCUGCCCGACGACGCUCCCGCCAGCGCCGCCGCCGCCGCCGUCGUCCACAUCGUCGCAUCGGCACCAUCGCUCGGCCGCAGCGUCGCUCUCGACCUGGAUGCCUCCUGCACCGUCGCCCGGCUCAAGGAGGCGCUCCAGGAGCGGACGGACGGCGCGCUGCCCGCCGCCAGGCUGAGUGUGUUCUACGGCAAGGCGGAGAUGGAGGACGACAAGACAUUAGCGGAGUUCGACCCGCCGGCCCAAGGGAUGGAGGUGCGCGUCGUCGUGCGCCAGCCGCCGUCGCCGCCGGUGUGCAGUAACGGGGGCGCCAAGACUAAUAGUAGUAAGCAGCAGCAGCGGAUGUCAGUUGAGGUGAAGUGGGGCGCGACGACGGCGACGCUGGAGGUGAGCGAUAUGGACGCCGUCAAGGAGCUGCGGGCGAAGCUCGGCAGCGCGACGCCGCGCCUCCUCCUGCCCAACGACGGCGGGUACUUCUUCAUCUACAAGCAGAACGUCAUGGAGGAGGACCGGACGCUGCGCUGGCACGACGUGAAGAGCGGAGACACCAUCGAGAUCUUCAACGGCAGGGUCACCUGA